AUGCCCCCCCACGCCCGCCUCCCCGGGGGCGUCGGCCUGCCCCCGACCGGCACCACCAUCUACUUGGCCAGGCCCGUCUUCCUCUGUGUCCUCUGCCUCCUGGCUGUGCUGCUGCCGCCGGCCUCCUCCUGCCCUCCUCCCUGCCUCUGCUCCUCAGACAGCCCGGUGGUGGACUGCGGGGGCCGGGGUCUCUCCUCCCUGCCUCCCCUGCACCUCCUGCCUCCAGGGAGUCGCUCCCUCCUGCUAGCCAACAACAAGCUCGCCUCACUGGGAGCGUCUGCCUUCGCCAACCUCUCCUCUCUGGAGGAGCUGGACCUCUCUAAUAACUACCUGGAUAAUUUACCAGCGGGAUUAUUCAGAGACAUGUCCAACCUGACGAGACUGACUCUGCACAACAACUCACUAACAGUAAUGGACAGAGACCUCUUCCAGGGUUUGGGUGGUCUUCAGAGUCUGGACCUGUCAUUGAACGGUCUGUCCUCGGUUCCUCUGGGCGUGCUGGACGAGCUGCAGAGCCUCAGGUGGCUGUCUCUAGCGGGUAACAGGCUUCAUGGUUUGGAGAGGGCAGCGUUUGAGCCACUAGCCAACCUGCAACACCUGGAACUGGGACACAACCCGUGGGAAUGUGACUGCAACCUCCGCGACUUCAAACACUGGAUGGAGUGGCUGCUGUACAGAGGGGGGAAGGUGGAUGCGGUGGAGUGCACGCUACCCAAGGAUCUGCGUGGGCGAGACAUCCGCGGCGUUCCGGUGGAAAUGUUCAACUACUGCCUCCAACUUGAAGAUGAGAACGGAGGAGGAGGAGGAGAGGGUUCUCGUUCUGGACAAGGGGGCGGCCCUCCCUGCAGCAGGAGUGCUCUGAAUCCUAGCGGGGAGACGCCGAUUUCUGACAACAGCGGUGGCACUGCUGAUGACUCCUCUUCGAACGGCGGAGGCGGCGGAGGCGGCGAGGCCCCGUCAGAAUGCGUCCGGGCCCGCUACCGACCUGUGAGCGUGCGGCGCGCCAUUGGCACGGUGGUGAUCGCCGGCGUGGUGUGCGGCAUCGUUUGCAUCAUGAUGGUCGCCGCCGCCGCUUACGGCUGCAUCUACGCCUCCCUGAUGGCCAAGUACCAGAGAGAGCUCAAGAAGAGGCAGCCGCUGAUGGGGGACGGAGAGGCUGACGGGGAGGACAGGGAGGAGAAGCAGAUCUCCUCUGUGGCCUAAAAAGAGCGACGGGUCAGGGGAGGGUUGGCGUGUCAAAGGGUGAAGGUUGGAAGGGGUGAAAAUUAAAAGGGCUCAAAGAGGAGAGAGAUGGAGGAGCUGGUUUUAUACACACAGAUAGUUAUAUUAUCUCUCCCUCUCACUCUCAAACUGACACCUCUCUCCCAGUUUUUGUCUUCCUUUCUUCGUCCUUACUCUAUUUUUAACCCUCCCUGUCCCUCUCUCUAACGUACUCUCUCACACACAUACCUUAUCUGCUCCCUGAUUUUCUCUUCCAUUUGGACCCAUUCUAGCUGCAGUAUUUGUUACCAAUCAUCCCUCCAACUCGCCUACCAGCCACCUACUGCUGCUGAAUUUACCAUUAUAUUGGCUGGGAGGAAGAAAAAAAAAAAAAAAGAUUUGGUACUCUCUCUCUCUCUGGUAUGAAACAUAUCAUUUGUGCUCUUACAGAACACUCAUGGUGUUUAGUCAGUCAGUAUUUGUAAGCCUAGACUGAAAUUUCAGGGAUUCAUAGCAUGUAUGACGUUGAUUGGACCAAUAUUCACGAUAAUAAUAAGACGUUGUGGUCGUAGGUAGUGCCCAGUUCUUGUUUUAGUUCCAUCUUUCUCCUUUUCAACCUCUCCAAAGCCAGUAGUUCCUCUAAGAAACAGGACCCCAGCCCAGAUUCCUUCACCCUCUUCUGGCCUAAUCCUCCUCUGAUUUUUCCUUGAAGCCCCCUCAGGAAAUUGGGGGGAAAUGGAAGAAACUUGAUGGAAACUCAAACAGAGAUGCGAUUUAUACACUCAAAGCCUCUCUGCUGUGUUGUAACAGAGAGAACACUGAUGCAUCAAGUGUUGAUGGAAAAAUCAAGGACACUGAGUCUCCUGUAUCCUCAUGAAUGGAAAGUGUUUCGAUUGACAACAUGAUCUAGCCACUGAUCACCAGACGUUGUGGGCCCUAACCCCCUACUUGGACCAGAUCUCACUUUUCCUCUGGAUCUCCUGCGGACUAAAUAGAUCCUCAAAGCGUCCCACGCUGGAGCUGCGCAUUAGAUUCUACAAUGGAUCUUAUCAAUCAGCCCAAGCCAUUUUAUUGAACUUGCUGUGUUUGUCUUCUUCAGAAAAAGCCUCUUGCUAACUCGAUGCUUGUUAAAUGGUUAUGAUCAAUGUCUGGACGGAUCAGAAAACCUCUUAUCAUGGCGAGAAAAAGCGGUCAAAUUAAUUUUCUGUUGGACUUCUGGAUCAGAUUUUACUGAGAUUCAAAGGACGCUGAUUUAAAGCAAAUAUUCUUUGUUCAGAACUCAUUUUCGGACUGAUUUCACCCCCUCAGUGGUGAAUGUUUGCUACAACGGCACGAAGAAAAAAAAAAAAAAACUAUCUCAGAGAACCAUGUCUCCUGGCAAGGACUUCAAAAUCUCAUCUAAGGACUAUAAACUUCAGACUCCUGCACUUUAUUUCCCUAAUCAGAUCCCCUCUUGCCUCUCUCUCUCUCUCCCUCCUCCCCUCCUUCUCUUCCUUUCUAAGAUGGACGGAUUGCCCAGAGG